AUGGUUUCUUUGAAGAAAAGUAUCGUUGCAUCCGCGAUAGCGGUGGCCCUUACCAUGGCCACAGGAAGUGUAGACGGCUACAAUGCCGUCGUGUCAAGUAAAUCAACAUAUAGCGCCAAGAGAACGCUGCGCAUUGCUAUUGAGGCGGCGGUGGAAGAGGAGAUGGCAGAUGGUUCAGAGUGUGAGUCCCUUGACAUGGCUGAGGAAGACCCGGAAUGCGAUUCUCUUGACAUGGCUGAGGAGGAUCCGGAAUGUGAUUCUCUUGACAUGGCUGGAGAUGAGAAACUACCUACCGGGGGCAAUACGUCGUCUGAUGCACUUAAGACGGAUGGCACGGGGGGCAGCGAAGUAACGCAGGCUCCCAACGGUACUUCCGACGAAUCGCCAAAUAAAAACAAUGGGAGCGCUGGCAACACUGAUAACAAUGAACAUGGAGGCUCAAGUAACGAAAAGAAUGAGAGCUCAUCUAACAAUGGAAAUGCUGGUAACAAGACGGACAAGAAGGAAAAGUCUGACUCGAGUACGUCGCAACAACCUCAGGGUGGUGGUCAUAAUGAAAAGACCAAAGAUGAUGACGACGAUGCCGAGUGUGAUUCGCUUGAGAUGGCUGAUUCCGAUUCCGAGUGCGACUCAAUGGAGAUGGCCGAGGCCCCUGAUGAUGAUGGUAACACGUCGUCACAGCUACCUGGUACCGUAAAGUCUCCGGGCGACACAUCGUCGGUCAUUACCGGCGGUAACGCCUCGUCACAGCUACCUGGUACCGAAGGCACUCAAAGCGACACAAUUUCGGGCAAUACCGACGACAAAAAUUUGGGCAAUAUCGAAAACCAGGAAUCGGGGCAUACCAACCCGCAGUCUAGCGGCGCGCCGUCGGACAUUAAUUUCAGUGUUAUCCAAAGUAUUUCAUCCCCGAGUUCCGACGGCAAGGAUGCUGGUAAUGCCGACGACAAGAAUUCGGGCAACACUAAUAACAAGAAUUCGGGCAGCACUGAUAACAAGGAUUCGGGCAAUACUUAUAACAACGAUUCGAGCAACAGCGACAACAACGAUUCGAGCAAUAGCGAAAACAAGAAUUCGGGGAAUGCCGACGACAAGAAUUCGGGGAAUGCCGACGACAAGAAUUUGGGGAAUGCCGACGUCAAGAAUUCGGGGCAUAACGACGACAAGAAUUCGGGCAACACUGAUAACAAGGAUUCGGGCAACACUGAUAACAAGGAUUCGGGCAACACUGAUAACAAGGAUUCGGGCAACACUGAUAACAAGGAUUCGGGCAACACUGAUAACAAGGAUUCGGGCAACACUGAUAACAAUAAUUCGAGCAAUAGCGAACACAAGGACUCGGGCAAUACCGACUCGGGGCAUACUGAAAACAAGUACUGGGGGAAUACUGAAACCAAGUACUGGGGGAAUACUGAAAACAAGUACUGGGGGAAUACUGGUAGCGGUGCGCCGUCGGACAUUGAUUUUAGCGUCUUCCGAGGUGAUUCCUCAUCGAAUCCUGACGGCAAGGAUACGGGUAAUACAGGCGACAAGAUUUCGGGGCAUACUGACGACAAAAAUUCGGGCAAUGCUAAAGUCAAGAGUUUGGGACAUACUGACGACAAGGAUUCGAGCACUACCGACAAGAACAGCGAGUCGAACGAUGAGUUUAGCCCGUAUCAAGGCGAGAUGACUGGUUAA